CUCUUCGUAAUAAAUAAUAAUCAGCAUUGUUGUAAUUUUAACAGUGGGAAUAUAUCCUUAAAAGAAAGUACAAAAAAGCUGAGUCCCGGACGGUAUAUAGUAGCUACGGUUUCAUUUUCUUGCUUAAAUUAUAUUGGCUAUUUAAUUCAAAUAAUGGAUCGCCGGAAAAAAGACAGUGAGAAAACACCGGCGUCUAAAGCCUCAGUCGUAGAAGCAUCGCCGGCAAUCUCAGCUUCAGAGGUCUUUACAGUCAACUUGCUAUGCGGAGUUGGCCUAGCUUUAUCCUUGUGGGUGGCUAACACCAUAUACUCAAUCAACCUCGUUACCGAUCCUUCUCUCACUCUCUUCAUCAUCUCGAUUAUAGAGCUCCCGAUCGUCAUUCUUCUCUACGGUCGCUAUCGACAGAAUCGCCAACGGUGCUCGUACCUACGAGCUGUUGGGAGAGGUAUUCUAGGAGUGCCAAUAGGGGCACUUCUAAAUUCUUUAGGAGCUAUUGCUUUGGGGGCGCCUGUUACCUUUCAGCACCUGGCCAAGACUCUAAAUUGGUCUCUUAUGAUGUCAUUGUUCACAAUAGUUCCAGCUUCGUGUGUUCUUGGUUCAUCGUGGGCUGACUGGAAACGUAUAUUUGCACAAACAAAGCCGAAUGGAUCUAUUGAGUAUCUGAUUUGUUUACAAGCCUAUGGAGCAGUUAUUGGGGGAUGGUUUGGGGCCUGGCCAAUGCCACUUGACUGGGAGAGGCCCUGGCAGGAAUGGCCUAUUUCUGUAAGCUAUGGAACAUUAUCUGGUUAUCUAGUGGCAUUGGUUGCAUCAUUAGGCUUUGUUCUUGCUCAUAGAAGGUUGCAACAUGUCAAAAAAGAUUGAAAUGCAACUGUCUGAUUGUAGGAAUGAAGGAAAAAAUAGAAAGACUCUUCACGGUAUUUUGAUAAUGUGAUGAUAUGAGUUUUGCUUAUGGUAAUAUCUAGCUACUAUUAUUUCUCUUCGUUCUAAAAAGGGUCAAAUAGGGGGGAGUAUAACUAUUACAAGCGAGUACAAAAUUUUCAAGGUAAAAGAAUCAAUGAUCUGUCAUGAUUUUAAGCGCAACUGCAACCUACAAGAGAAAAUACUUUGUCCUACUUGAAGAUCACUUUAGGCUCUUGUAAUAUGAAUUUUGUAUUGUGCAAUUUAGACAUUUAAUGCUCGAACAUUUGUCUUUA